ACACCAACAAAAGUACCACAAAAACAACCAAACAUUUUACAGUUUCCUAAAAAGAACCCCAAACUCACUUCAACAAUGUCCACUGUUUCUUCCUUCAUCACAUUCACCUUCUUUUUCUUCACCAUUUUCAACAUAGCUUCUAUCUCUGAAGCUAUAGGUGUGAACUGGGGAACCAUGGCUUCACACCCACUACCACCCAUAAAAGUAGUGAAGCUUUUGAAGUCCAACAACAUCAACAAAGUGAAACUGUUUGAUGCAAAACCUGAUGUUCUUCAAGCACUUUCUGGGUCUAACAUUGGUGUCACUGUUGGUAUUCCUAAUGCUUUUCUCAAAAGCUUGAAUUCUUCUAGAAAAGUUGCUGAUACUUGGGUUCAUGAUAAUGUUACUCGCUAUGUUUCUAAUGGUGCUAAAAUUGAAUAUGUUGCUGUUGGUGAUGAACCAUUUCUUAAAAGUUAUGGCGAACAAUUUCAUCCCUUCACGGUUGGUGCUGCUAUGAACAUUCAAGCUGCUUUAAAAAAAGCAAAAUUGGACAACAAAAUGAAAGUUGUUGUUCCAUGCAGCUUUGAUAGUUUUGAGUCAGGAUCCAACUCGUCCACCGAAGUGCAUUUCAGGUCUGACAUCAACAAAACCAUGAUCGAGCUACUCACAUUUCUCGACAAGCACGAAUCACCUUUCUUUGUGACCAUUUCUCCAUUUCUAACCUUCCUUCAGACCAAAAACAUUUCACUUGAUUUUUCACUCUUCAAAGAAACUGCACACCCUCAUAAACUUGGCCACAAAACAUACAAAAACAGCUUUGAUAUGAGCUACGAUACAGUGAUCACUGUUUUAUCAAAAGUAGGAUUUCCUAAUAUGGAAAUUGUUGUUUCAAAGAUUGGUUGGCCGACCGAUGGAGCUGCCAACGCAACCUCGUACCUAGCCGAAACCUUCAUGAAAGGCCUAAUGAACCACCUUCAUAGCAACUUGGGAACACCACAUCGGCCACCACAUGAAACAUACAUAUAUAGCCUUCUCGACGAGGAUCAAAGGAGCAUUACUGCUGGAGAUUUCGAAAGGCAUUGGGGUUUAUUCACCUUUGAUGGCCAAUCAAAAUACCACGUAGAUCUUGGCCAGGGUUCAAAGAGCCUAGUGAAUGCUCAAAAUGUUGAGUAUCUUUCUUCCAAGUGGUGUGUUGUGAACAACAAUGAAGACUUGUCUAAUGCAACUGCAAAAGCUUUAGAAGCUUGCGCAAAUGCUGAUUGCACUGCACUAUCUUCUGGUGGAUCUUGCUUUAACAUCACAUGGCCUAGUAAUAUAUCAUAUGCUUUUAAUAGUUAUUAUCAGGAGCAUGAUCAGAAAGCUGAAAGUUGCGACUUUGGGGUUGGAUUAAUCACAACUGUUGAUCCGUCAGAUGAUCGUUGCAGGUUUCCGAUUGAGAUUCACACUUCUAAUGUAGAACUUUACAGGGUGUGUAGUUUUCAGUGGUUGAUUUUACUAGUAACAAUCCUCUUGGCAUCUUUGGAGGUUUGACUUAAGUAAAUUUUAGGAUCAUUUUUGCAGAUAAUUUACUGCAUUAAUUUUGUUGUAGAUGUGUAUUAGUGAAUUAAAAUGGUUAGGUCUUCCUAGAGUUAAUUUAUUUGUGAAAUUAAAGUAUUAGGGCUAUCACUUUGGUUUGCCUGUUUCAUGGUUAUUAACUGCAUGUGAUUGAACAUGAGACUACGAUUUCCUGAAAUUGAGAUGUACUAGUUCUUAAAGAAGGCUCUGUUGAUUGUUAAA